GUUGGUGGAACUUUUCUGAUAUACUGCUCCAGAGAGCUGGGAGGCAAACUCCCCGCCUCCCCACAUUCCGGUUACCCUGCCCCCGCCUCCGGGUCCUCGCCCAGCCGCCCGCGCUGGUGAUAGGACCAGUCCCAGGCGUGCAUUGUGUGUAUGCAAAGCACCGCUCGCUCCUGGGGCGGCUCUAGUGGGGACCGGCUGCGGCUGCUGCUCCUGUCUCGGGUGCGACUGCCUGAGCGGGAGCCCGGCGCUGUCAUGCUCCUGCCGCGGGGCGGGCUGCAGCGUCGUCCCGUCGCUAUAUAAGCGCGAGCAGAGGGGGCACCCGGAGGGGCUGAAAAUGAAGGUGCCCGCGCAUGGGCCGCCGCUGAUUGCCAACCCCUCCCGAGCUCGCUCCCGGCGCGGAGCCCGAGGCCACCGAGGACCCGCCUUAGCCGCAGUAGCAGCUGGUUCAGCGACGCGGACAGCAGCUGCGGCGGUGGUGGCGGUGGCGCCCCUCGCGCCAGCGCGUAGAGCGGCGGCGGCGACUCUGGGGCCGCCGCUGGCCCCGCUGCCAUGAGUUGUGCGGAGGUGAUGUAUCACCCCCAGCCUUAUGGAGCGCCCCAGUAUCUGCCCAACCCUGUGGCAGCUGCAACCUGCCCUACAGCCUGCUAUCAUCCGGCGCCCCAACCUGGCCAGCAGAAGAAGUUAGCGGUAUACAGCAAGAUGCAGGACUCUCUGGAAGUCACGCUUCCCAGCAAACAAGAGGAGGAGGAGGAGGAGGAGGAGGAUGAGGAGGAGGAGGAGGAGAAAGACCAGCCUGCCGAGAUGGAGUACCUUAACUCUCGCUGUGUCAUUUUCACUUAUUUCCAGGGAGACAUUGGGUCAGUAGUGGAUGAACACUUCUCACGAGCUUUGGGCCAAGCCAACACCUUGCAUCCCGAAUCUGCCAUUUCAAAAAGCAAGAUGGGGCUAACCCCCCUAUGGCGAGACAGCCCAGCUCUGUCAAGCCAGCGGAGUAAUUUCCCGACUUCCUUUUGGACCAGCUCUUACCAGCCCCCACCUGCGCCUUGUUUGGGGGGAGUUCAUCCUGACUUCCAAGUCACUGCACCCCAUGGCACCUUUACAUCAGCAGACCCCAACUCUUGGCCAGGACAUGGUCUGCAUCAGACUGGCCCCGCCCCACCCCCUACUGCAUCUGAGUCUUGGCAUUACCCUCUGGCAUCUCAGGUGAGCCCGUCCUACAGCCACAUGCAUGAUGUGUACAUGCGACAUCACCACCCUCAUGCUCACAUGCACCACCGCCACCACCACCACCACCACCACCCAACGGCUGCCUCUGCUUUGGAUCCCGCGUAUGGGCACCUGCUAAUGCCAUCCGUGCGGGCCGCCAGGAUUCCUGCUCCCCAGUGCGACAUCGCAAAGACAGAUCUGACUACAGUCACCAGUGCUACCUCAGCAUGGGCCGGAGCCUUUCAUGGGACAGUGGACAUCGUGCCAAGUGUGGGCUUCGAUACAGGUCUUCAGCAUCAGGACAAGAGCAAAGAAUCAACUUGGUAUUGAAGCAUGGUAUCAGCAGGUCAUAUGGCAGCAUGACUGCAAGGGCCCACUGGGAGAAGAUACCACUGGGAUGUCCCAUCCAGGAAUGGGACACAGGAAACAAGGAUUGAGAAGAGGACAUAUAAGGUCUUUAGAUUUGAACCUUUUCUGGAGAAAACAUAGUGGGUCCUCCUAGUCAUUUAAGAAGAGUAUUUGGCUUAUUUUCCUUCAUCUGAGCCUUUGUCACCUGUGCAACGUGUCGUUUUACUUGCCUCGUACCAGUGCCUGGCCUAGUUUCUGUGUGCCUUUUUUUUCCCUUUUUGAACCAACCACCUUGUAAGAAGAUGAUCUAUCAAAUGAAAAUGCGCAUUCCUUCAGGAAAACCAUUAACUUCAUCUUCAUCUCUUUUUGUAGAAAUACAAAAUUGGCUUAGCUCGGAGGAGAUAUUUUUGAAGCUGUAAUAUUGUUUUUGGUUUUUUGUUUUGUUUUUUUAAUGUUGUAACAAUCGUUGAGUUCUGUUUAAAGAACUUGCUCUCAGAAAAGCACUGGCCAAAAUGUUCAAGCGCUGAUCUUUAGUGAGUGAUACGCUGUGUCUGUGCUUCCGAGGGUACCUCAAGGGUUUCAUCCUUUCUACAACAGUGGCACUGCCAUAGAUAAACCCUGCAAUGUUGUGUUUAUGUUGAAACUCAGUGAAGACUUAAUUUGAUGAUAGGUCUCUUAGUUUGCCAUUAUAUAUAUCUGUGCAGCUUGAAAGGGGGGCAUUUUCCUUUAAAGGGACACAAAGUAAAGGGUAUUUCUUCCAAAUAGAUCUUGGAGGUUAACUAGCAAGAAAAUUUGGUUAAUGAACAAUACUUCUCUGUAAAGUCCAGCCUAUCUUAACAAUUAGUAAUAGAGCUUACACAUGGUUUCAACAUAGGUGAAGCCAAUGCAUUUAGCCAUGGUAACUGCACCUCACUGACAGAUUUUCCUAAUUUCUAACCUUUCAUUCAUUGCUGUUUGAAAAGUCAUGAUUUCUGGGGUGAAUGCAGAAUGAGUAGUGUCGGGGAAGGAGGCUGACACAGGUCACAGUGCUGCCUAUCCCUCACCUUUGUAAACUGAAAAGUAAUGUAUUCUUUAUGUAAUGUUUUAAUUUGAACCUUUUGCAAGAUUUUCAUUUGCUUUUAAGUGUAAUUAGUUUCUCAAAAAUUAGAGCAAAAUAAAAGUGGUAAUGGAUUUAA